GAACCUGUCACAUUCGCAGUAGAAGAAGCAAAACAGACCAUCAGAAGUGCCUUUUAUUGGAUGCUAUAUCCGCUUGUGCAUAUUCUCGUGAUUCUUGUUUUCUCCCCCUCAUUGAGUGAGGAAGUAUUUAUACUGGAUGUUGUCCCGAGUCGAGGCUCAUUGUGAUAGCUGAAAGAGAAACGGCAAAGCAAUGGGUGUUCAUGAUACAGAAGGCAAAAGAGCGAGUCCGAGGAGUAGUCCUCCAUUACAAGACAAGUCAGAUCCGGCGGGAUAUGAUGAACAAGAUACAGACCCAACCCCCGAAGAUAACCAAGGCCUCUUACACGGCAACGCAAUAAUCGAAGCCGGCGGCAGCGACGAAGACGAUGAAUUCUCCGCCAGCGACUUCGACCCCGAUGAUACGUCAAGUCUUCGCUCCUCAUCAACAUCCAUAAGCUCCAGUAUCCUCGAACACAGCUACCAAAACGGCCGUCGAUAUCAUCGUUAUCGCCAUGGACGAUAUCCGUUACCGAAUGAUGAGGCGGAGCAGAAUCGUGAAGAUAUGCUUCAUGCGAUGAUGUUGGAGGCUACGGAUGGAAGAUAUUUUUAUGCCCCGAUUGGGGAGAAUCCGCAAAGGAUAGCGGAUUUGGGGACUGGCACGGGAAUUUGGGCUAUUGAGAUUGGUGAGAAAUAUCCGAGUGCUGAAGUAUUGGGAUUGGAUCUAAGUCCAAUACAACCAACUUGGGUACCUCCAAACGUCAAAUUUCUAGUAGAUGACAUCGAAGACGAAUGGCUUAACGGCGAUGACUUUGACCUCGUUCAUCUCCGGAACAUGAUUCCAAUCCUCAAAUCACCCGUAACACUUCUCAAGCAAGUAUACGCAAACAUGAAACCCGGUGCCUGGGUAGAACUUCAAGACGUAGACGGCCAAGUCCACACAGACGACGAUAGCAUCCCCGACGAUUGGCCCCUCAAACGCUUCACAGAAAUCAUCCUCCAAGCCUUUGCUCUCUACGAAACAAACGCACACGCCGCUGUAUUCGGAGGCCAAUAUCUCGCAGAAGCAGGAUUUGUUAACAUCAAGCAUAACUUUAUCAAAUUACCUUAUGGAACGUGGCCAAAAGACAAGGUUAUGAGAUUGGUGGGUAUGUAUUAUAGAACUGCAUGCGAGGAAUUCUUCCCGGCGAUUGGAAAUCUGCAUUUCCCGCAGUUGGGUUGGGAUAAGAAUGAGAUGGAGGUGUUUUUUGCGGAGUGUAGACUGUCCAUGAGGGAUCCCAAGGUUCAUGCUUAUGGGAAGAUGCAUUUUUGGAGUGGGCAGAAGCCACUGGAUGCAUAAAGUGAGUUGAUAAUGGGACUUACAGAACCGUCACGAGAAAUGUUUAGAGAUUUAUGUACUAAUCAUCAUAUUUGAUGAUUAUAAGCGUCAUGUGCUAGACGAG